AUGAGUUGCCAGACUAAUCCAACCUUCCCAGUUGGGGAUCAUGAGGCUUUCAUGGAUUUCGCUCUCAUCCAGGCGCAAAAAUCACCGCCAGGUGCCAACAAAUUCUGCGUCGGAGCUGUACUUGUCGAUGCCGACAACGGCAAGGUCCUAUCAACAGGGUACUCGCUUGAAUACGCCCGGGAUUACAAGGGAGAUCCAGGCACCACACAUGCAGAGCAGUGUUGUUUUAUCAAGAUUGCCGACCAGCACAACCUUCCUGAGGAACGUAUCUAUGAAGUCCUUCCGGCCAACACGGCACUGUACACAACGAUGGAGCCAUGCAAUAAGAGACUUGGCGGCAAUAUGACUUGCACGACCAAAAUUUUGAGACUUAAGAGCGUCAUAAAGACUGUGUACGUGGGAAUCAAAGAGCCGGGGACGUUUAUCGCACACAAUGACGGACAGGGGAGGCUGGAGGCAAAUGGUGUCAAGGUCAUCUUCCCUGUUGAGCAUUGGCGUGAGAGGAUCACCAAAGUCUCCAUAAAUGGACAUUGA